GAAGGUCCUUCGGUAUCAGUGUGACACUGGGAUAACUGGGAUGUGAAAUGUGUUGUCUGCUGCUGAUUCAAAACCACUCCUUUGGAGCGUCCCUCUAUUUUACUUUCCUGAUGUCUCUCUGUUUCUCUCUGUUUCCAUCUCAGUGGUCUCUCUCUUGAUGCUUCUCAUCUUUCUACACCUUUACUUGGUUCUCCCUUCACCUGGAAUAGUCUUCAUCUGGGACAGAAUUUUCACUGAGGAAUCCCUGUUCUGUUGUUCAGCUGUGGGGGGCAGAAAUAUGUUGCUCUGGUGGUUCCUGGGUCUGGCGGGCUCCAUCGUGCACUGCAGAGGCCAGGUGAGCAAGUGUGAUGACUUCACUGACCUUGACUUCCGUGAGACGUUCAUGGGGACAAACCUGAAUGUGAAGCUGCUGCUGUUCACAAGAGCCAACCUGGACUGUGGGCGGGAACUCUCGCACCUGAAACUGAUGGACCAGCCCCUGUUCCAGCUGACCCGGCCUACUGCUUUUGUCAUCCAUGGGUACCGACCCACAGGCGCGCCGCCAGUUUGGGUGGGCCACAUUGUGCAUCUGCUGGCCGCACAGGAGGACAUGAACAUCUUAGUGGUGGACUGGAACCGUGGGGCCGCCAACCUCAACUACUACUCUGCUGUGGCAAACACACGUAAAGCAGCCGAGAACAUCACUGCAUUCAUCCAGAACAUUCAGGAGAACGGAGCGCUACUAAGCUCUGUCCACCUGAUUGGGGUCAGCCUGGGGGCUCAUGUCGCUGGGUUUGUGGGGGCCAUGCUGAAGGGGAAGAUUGGGAGGAUCACAGCACUGGACCCUGCCGGACCUCUGUUCUCUGGGACCCCACCAGAGGAGCGCCUGGACCCCACUGACGCCCAAUUUGUGGAUGUCCUACAUACUGACACUGAUGCUCUUGGCUACAGAGGACCCCUCGGUCACAUUGACUUCUAUGCCAAUGGUGGGGCUGACCAGCCUGGCUGCCCCAAAACCAUCUUUUCAGGGAAGUCAUACUUUGUGUGUGACCACCAGCGGUCAGUGUUCCUAUACCUCUGCUCCCUCAACAAGACCUGCAACAUCACAGCCUAUCCCUGUUCCUCCUACCAUGACUUCCUAGAUGGGCGUUGCCUGCAGUGCGAGUCCUUCAAGCCAGCUUCUUGCCCGAUUGUAGGUUACCAUGCCAGCAAAUGGAAGGACUCUCUCCUCCGUCUGGGUCAGACGAAGGUGUACUUCUCAACCACUGCCGUGUCUCCAUACUGCAAGACAAACUACAAGGUGGACAUUGUGACGUGGAACCAAUACACACGCUGGGGCAUUGUCGUCAUCAAGCUGCACAGUGGCAGGAGGGUGGUGGAGGCCAGGAUCGAUCAUAAACUUUCGAAGUUUGAGCAAUACACAGCGACCCGUUUACUGGCCCAGUUUGACGAAGACCUGAAUCCGGUCCAGAAGAUCACGCUUUGCUUCCUAACAGGGAAUAUGAUUGGGCCUCGCUACAAAAUGCGGCUACUGCGCAUCCGACUUACACCCCUGGAGAAGCCUGAUAGGGCACAGCUGUGUCGCUAUGACAUGAUACUGGAGGAGAACAUGGAGGUGUCCUUCAGACCCAUGGCCUGUGAUGGGUCUCGUAACUGACCCAGCACUGGGGGGGCGCUCUGUUUCAUACCAAAAAACAGCACUCUGGGGAGCCUCAAUUCUGACCCAACAUCAGGUGGUGCUCUGCUUCAUCUCAGCACACAGAAGCAGGCAGGUGCAGAUACAGAAGUCAGAGGGGGUGGGAGCGUAUGCCAUUUUGACCUGUCACUCACAAAGUGCCCUCCUGGAUGGUGCUUUUUUUCCUAUGUUACAUUUUUUUCUUAUUGUUCAUCAUACUGGCACACCAAAAAAAGGAAUGCAGCUUUAUCUACAUCAUUCACAAUGUCAUGAUGGGAACCAUGACAACGAUAGUGAUGACGAUGAUGGUGAUGAUUACAGCAAAGAUGAAAUAAAAACAAUAAAGAGGCGGACAUGUCAUGGGACUGCCAGAACUCUCUCGCCCAUGCACCAAGGGGAAAUUUUUUUGCCUGUAUUAUAAUCCUCUCCUGUGUGUGUCUUCAUUGAAGAGCAUCUGCCUGCUCCUACCUUUUGUUUGUCACACUGUUCACAACCUGGCAGAGAGACUACAUCACCCAGAGUUCCCUUAUGAAGGAAGGCAUUCUCCUCCAGUCUUCCUGUG